GUUUUUUUUUAUAUUGGUGAAAAUGACGAAAUGAUUUGUAUCAAUGUUAAGAUUUCGGAUAUUAGCCUAACACAGCUGUUGUAAACAUUGUAAUGUGACAUUGGGAGUUAUUGAAAAAUAGUUUGAUGUGUCGUAUUUUUUCGAUGAAUGCAAUGCUGUUUGUAUGCAUAAGUAAUGUGUGAAUUGUUAUGAGUGCUACGUAAUUUAAUAGAAUGAAAAGUAUUUUUUACACGAUUGAAUUUUGAAGACUGCAAAAUAAUAAAUAAUUAAACAGAGUUUUAACCAAUUUUUUUCCCCUUUAUUUAAAUUUUGGGUUUAAAUAAUCACUGAACUGUUAACAUUAUUACCUGUAUUCACAGAUUGAGAAUAAUUGUGCUCAUGAAGUUUAUUCCAUAUGUGGGGAAAAGUGUGAUGGAAUUCUGUCUAGCCAAGUGAAAAUGGGUGAUGUGGAAACUCAAGUUGUUAAUCAAACUAAAGAUGCGAACAAUCUUUCAGUGGAGGCAAGCGAUGAACAGAACUGUUCCACGUUGGAAGAGCCGUCAUCCGCAACCAAUACAGAUUGUGUGCAGUUGCAGCUAGGGUCGGUAAACGGCCUCCAAGAAAGUGUGUGCGAUGUGGUUGAUGGUUUUACUAAGGAAUGUGUUGUGCAGGAAGAAGAUUCUGAAGUGCAUGCGAAGAAGCAAGACCAAAAUAUGGCUGAAGCCAACAGUAACUGUGUGCCAGCAAGUCCAGUCUCUGUGAAUGCAACAGUUGAGAAUGUCGACGAGAACUUAACGUCACGCGGGCUUGUUGAUGCUGGAAUUCUGAAGACUGUGUCAGAGGGACCAUCAGAUGUGUUCUCCAUCGAAUCCCAAAAUACGAAAAAAAUUUUACCAAACGGGUUGUCGGAGACCCUGCUUAAUCACCCUGCAUACAAAACUGUAAUAAAUGAACUAGCUCAUUUGAAAGCAGAGAUGGUUGGACUUAAUUCUAAAAUAAAUAGGCUGGAGACGGAGAACCAGCGGCUGGAGGAGACCAGCUCCAGCGACAUCUACGCACUGCAGCUGGAGGGCCUGGAGAAGACGAUUGUGCAGCAGCAGCAGGCACUGGAGAGCGCGCGGAGGGGGGCAGACGCAGCCGCCCGGGCCCAUGCUCAGGAGAGGCAGCAGCUUGAAGCCCAGCUCAAUAAGCUGGGCAAGCAGGUGGAGGCGGAGCGGCGCGACAAGGAGGCCAUGGCGGUGCGGUACGCCGUCAGCGAGAAGGAGGUGCUGGACCUGCGGAAGGAGCGCGAGACCUGGGAGAGGAGGACGAAGGAGGCGGGGCGCGAGCGGGAGCUGAUGAUCGGCAAGCUGAAGACGGCGGCGGCGGAGAAGGCUCGCAUCGGCAACAUCCUGGACGCCAAGGUCCACGAGUUGUCGUCGCUGCAGAAAGAGCGUGAUAAGCUGAGCGAUGACCUCUCGUCCAGCGACAUCAAGAUCAAGUGGCUGCAGAACAAGCUGCAUGCGGAGAUGGAGGCUCACAAGGAGGGACAGGCCAGCCUGACCAAGGCCAACCAGAAGAUCACAGAGCUGAAGGAGGAAUGCGAGCAGGUACGGCGCGACUGCCAGGUGGCCAUAAGAGACUUCCAGCAGUCGCAGGACAACAAGGCGUACACUCUCGACCAGCAGCUGAAGGAGCAGCAGGCGAGGCUGAUCAUGGAGCGGCACGAGCGCGAGGACAAGGAGGAGACUCAGAGGCAGCUGCAGCAGGAGGUGGUCAACCUGCGCUCCAAGCACCAGCUGCUCAUCAACGAGAACAACACGCUCUCUCUGAAGGUGCAGAGCCUGGGGAGGGAGCGGCUGGAGUACGAGGAGAACCUGUCGCGGCUGAAGGCGACCAGCGACGGCCAGCGCCAGGAGCUGGCAGACCUGCAGGCGCGGCUGGCCGAGAUGGAGUCCCUGCGCAUACAGCUGCAGUGCGAGCAGGAGAAGGUGAGCGGGAGCCAGGGCGAGGUGGAGCGCUUGAGGCUCAGCAACGCGGAGCUGCAGCAGGACAUGGCGGACUGCCGGGAGCGCGAGGCCGACCUCCUGCACUUCACCCAGCAGCUCACCGACAAGAACGUGCGGCUGCAGUCCGAGUUCUCCGCCACGGAGGCCAGGGCCCAGCAGCUGGAGGGGGAGCUGGCGGCAGCGCGGCAGGAGAGCGCGGAAAUGCGGGCGCGGAUGGAAACACUAGCCGCGCAGCUGGACCAGGAGCGCGCCCAGCGGCGGGAGGAGACUCAGCUGCUGGCGCGCCACGUGGCGGAGAAGACGCAGAGGGCAGACGCUCUCGCCAGGCAGCUGGAGGACCAGCAAGGGGAGAACGCCGUGCUGCGGCGCAAGCAGGCCGCCGCCCUCAAGGAGCUGGGCAGAGAGCUACAGCAGUGUCGCAAGCGGCUGGAGCAGUCGGAGGCGGCUGGCUCGCUGCUGGGCGAGGGCUCCCGCGCCAGCUCCUGCUCCUCCCUCAACGCCGCGGACCCCGUCGCCUCCUCCCGGGAGCCUGCCCCCGCCGCCCAGGGGGAGCUGCCCGACCGCCAGGUGCUCAUGGACCACAUCGUGAAGCUGCAGCGGGCCAACGCGCGACGCUGCGAGAAGCUGGACUUCCUGGAGGAGCACGCACGGCAGCUGGUGACGGAGCUGCAGAGGAAGACGUGCAUCAUCCAGAGCUACGUGCUGAGGGAGCAGGCCGGCGCCCUCUCCUCCGACCGCAUGGACCGCAACAAGGCUGAGUUGGCGAAGCAUGGAGGCAUCAUGGCGUCUGUGUACAGCUCGAAGCCAACAGACAGCUCCAUGACUCUGGAGCUGUCUCUGGAGAUCAACAAGAAGCUCCAGGCAGUCCUGGAGGACACUCUGUUGAAGAAUAUCACACUCAAGGAGAGUAUCGAGACGCUAGGCUGUGAGAUCGCAAGGCUGACCGCGGGGAAAGUGGGUGCGGAGACCACGUAGCGGCACUGUGCUGCCGCCCCAUCCCGGCAACCGAGAGACUGACGACCCCAGCCUCACACCUCGCUCGUGACGGCUGUGCGAUGUCGCGCCAACCUUGCCUGCUAGCAGUUGCAACGGUACGCACAUCACUGGAGCGUCAUUUGCGAUCAUUUUUUGAGUUGACGUGUGCAGUACUGAAAGGAACACAUUUUUACACCAGUUUCGAUGUGCUAAAAUUGUGAUGUGAUACUAAAAUAUCUGAGCUGAUUGCUAUACUUGUAAUUAACAAUGUUUUCAGACUGCUCCUGAAAUUGUGAGCAUGCAUAGUGUAGUGACUUUUUUCUGUAAGUCAAGUGGGGGUCGUAUGCAGCUUUAUUCGACAGCAGUGUAAAUUAAAAAAAUUUACCAAUCUACAGAGGGCCAUCGAGAGAAACCAAGGGCUUAGGGGUAAAUAAUUUUGUUGGGCCUCCUCUCUGUUAUUUAAUGUACAACUUUUCAAACCACACAAUUAAAAAAAAAAUGUAAAUACUAUUAACGUGACCUGCGGGUAUCGCAUAACAUAUAAGGUUUCAUGUGAAUUAUCCUAUUAAAAAUAGACUUGUAAUUUUCAGCCUAUCAAAGUAAACCCAAACAUUAAAAAAUAUUUAAACUCUUCCACCUUGAUGGCCCUUCCAAUGUAGUGUGUGUUAAUCGCACUCUUUAGCGAGGUGCAGCUCCCAGAAUAUAAUGGAUAAAAGAUAAUGUUUAAAAUUGUUGAAUUUUUUUUUAUUGUUAAGAUAGUUGUGCAGCAAUAUUCAGUAAGCAUUUCAGAUUUUUACCGUUCAUCAUUUUUUAAGUUAUAAUUCUGUAGGCGUGUUAUGAAAAAAUUAUAAGAGUGAAUUUUUACGAUUCAUGCGCAACAUGCAACAAAAUUUUCACAGGAAGAUGGCAGACGUAUGUGUAUGAACAUAAACUCUUAAAUUAAUUACGUUUGUUAGGAGAUGAAUUUCCAUGAAUUGGCAAAGGUAAAACAAAAAACUUUAUAUGUAAUAGUACAACUAUUAUUUAAUAUUUUAUCAUUUAUGAUCAUCUAGCAUGUGCGUAAACUAUAUAGUAUUAACUUUUUAAUAAAUUUUAUCAAGUUUGGAAAUAAUAUAAUAAAACUCCUUGUCAAAAAUCAGGUCCUUUUCAGGUUUUGUUUUUUUUAAAUAUUUUUCAAUUUUAUUGGAGACUUUUCGUUAUAUAGAUUAACCUAUCGCUUGGAAUUUCGAAUGAUUCAAUAGUCAACGUAGCUGCUCUGGUAGCUAAUUCUAGUGGCAGGUGCGGAACUGUGUGUUAAUCAAGUUCAGAAAUUUUGUGAUUGACAUUAAAUACUGGUCUAUAUAAUUAAAAACAUUUAUUUAUUGUGAAUAUUUGUUAUAAAUUAUGUUAAAUUACAUAAAUACACUUAAAAAGUUUAUUAAGUAUAAAUUAUUACAUUUUUAUUUAAUAAAUAAUUAAAAUUAAUAAAUAAGAAUAAACUUUCAGCAUCUCAAAUAUUUUACAAAACCAACAAUUAAUUUAAACACAUUUUUAUAUUAAUAAUAUUGAAUGCUUAGUAUUUAUUUAAUUCAUUUUUGUUACAGUAAAUUUCAAAGUAGUUCAGUGUCUAAAAUCAAAAAGAAGUGUAACCUCUAACGUGCGUACAUAUGUAAAUACAAACACUUUUUCUUCUUUUUCCGAAGGGUUUGGGACAGUUGUGCAGCGUUGCUUUUGUUAUUGCAAAAUCAAAAAGAGUAUUAUAUUUGCCCUGCUGUGCAACUGUUGUUUUAUUUUUUUUUUAUUCCAUUUCAGAAUCACAACAGUUCAUGUAGUGGUGGACUGUGUUGAACUAUUAAAACCAAAAAUUCUGAGGAUGAACUGUAAGACCUUAGCAUAAUGUCUGUAUGUUUGACUAAACUGACUAUUAUCUCGUUCAAUUUAGUGACAUUUAAAUUCAAUAUUUUUUUUGUUACCUGGUAAUAAAGUUUAACUGAUGAAUUAGUGUAUCACAGUGUAUAGUGGUUUCCUGUAAAACAUCCCUAAUAGAGUUAUUGGCUACAAUGUACUGCAACUGCUACCCUGAAGAUGGUAACUGCUAUGUCUGUGUAAUAUACAACUUGGACUUGAUAAAUCCAAGUCUUAGCAGCUAUGGCCAUAAAAGCCUCUAUAAACUUAAUGUGGUUUUUCUGAAUUUUUAUGUACUCAUGAGAGUAUUGGACCCAAGAGUGAAUCUUUUGUUUUGAAUUUGCAUGUGAUGUUUGUUUAUUUAAUUAUUAGGGGGAAGUGAAAAUUUUUGCCAGUUCUCUUGUCGUAAUACUGUACAAUACUAUGUAAUUUGGCUAAUUUCAUGCAUGCUUUGUUUGUUGAAAAGAUGGUGGCAGCCCAUUUUACUGUUGAUAGCAUCUGUUGGGUAUGUUGGAAAAAUUAUUAACUUAAUUUUAAUAUAUCUAAAUAUCUGAAGUCCAUACUUAACUAAAGAAAAUAUAAAAUCAAUUUAUUUUUUAGUCUAUGCUUGUAUUGAGAGAUGUUAGUCACAUUGUGGAUUGUUUUAUAAAAACAAAGAUGCUUCUUUACCUAAUAGUCAACUGACGGGUUUUUGUAUGCCACAUAUACUUAAAACUUAAAAGGUACAAGAUUUGAGCAACUCGCCCUUAUUGGAAGACUGUGAUUACAAUUCUGAAAGUGUUCUCACUCUUAUUCAGGCAGGUAGUAUUUGAAAACUGCCAUUCUCUCUCCUGGAGUUAUGUAAUAGGCACAAUUAUGCUAUGUACCUGUCAGUUUCAAGUUCUUAAGCGGCUAAAAAAAAAUUUCUUUAACCUUUGCCAUUUACUGUGCACAAUCUCAAUGGAUAUUAUACUAUUCAUUACUUAUCUGUCACAUUAGUUGUUCCAAUAAUUUGUGGUUCACAACUUACUUAAGUCAUGAUUUUGUAAAGCAAGUUAAUUUAAAUUGUUUAAAACAUUCUUUCUUUCCGAGUGUUUAAGUUUAAAUCAUUUUUACAUGAAAUUGCACUUGAAAUAUGCUUCAAGUUGUGUUCUGUUCUGUUCCAUAUUUAUUUCUAAGUUUAACAUAAGAAGCUAUUACAUAAAACAAUAGAUUUUUUUUAGGAAUGAUACUCACAAGUGAACUUACAACAUGUGUUGGAGCAAAAUUUGAUUAUGUUCCAUAAAAUGACUGUUUCUACUUUUUAUCAUACUCUGAAAAUAAGCAUAGUUGGGAAUAGAGUAUUUUUAAAAUUACAAUGUGUGUUUAUGAAAUAAAAAUGUGUUGAAAGUGAUAGUUGUAGUAAAAAUUACAUAAUUGGUUGUGAAAAUAAAUUCUGUACGUACUUCAUCUAUUCAGAUUGUUCAGUUAUGACAUUAAUGUACACUGUACAUGUACAUAAUAUAUCAACAUUAAGCUUGUUUGAUACAAACGUGCUAGUUUAGUUGUGUUACAAGAAAAUUUCCAUUUUAUAGUUAUAUGUAGUUGGAAACUUUAAAAUUAAUGUGUUUGUAUAUUAAAGUGUUCCAGUUUUUUAACCUAACAAAAUUUUAAAUUUCAUUUUAUUUGAUAGUAAUAAUACUUGAAAAAUGCAUAUAAAAUAGGCCUAUGCAAUUUUAUUGUUACUAGUACGUAUGUGCUUUAUACAAUGAAAAAAAGCUUACAAUAUGUUAAAUGAUUCUUGUUUAUUUUUUUAAUACACAUGAGCUAAGCUAUUUUAAUACAAUGUAGAUGUAACAUAUAAACAAUUAUCAUCUUGACAUUUGGCAACACCAUUGGGAGAUCAUCAUUGUGUUUCAGUAAAUUUGUGUAUCAUAAUGUACUGUAUAAACUAAUGCUACACCAAAUAGAAUGCCGGAUGACUAAUCCAGCUAGUUUAAACUGAGUGCAUAUGUAAGAUUAUUUUUUUGCUCCAGUUUAUUAGGUAUCUUUGUGAAUAUGAUACUGAAUCAAUGUACAGAAAUUGAUGUGUCAGAUGGAAACUAUUACAUACUUAUUUUAUUCCUUCAGGUACAUACUUUUAAUAAUAAUUAUUAAUGUACAUACUUGCUGAGAAAUAUGAUGUAAUGAAAGAUAACAGUUCAUCAUUGUGAAAUGUAUUCUCAAUUUUAGUCACUAUUUGUUUCACACUUGAAUUGGGACCUGCUAUUAGCUCAGUUACAACUUUCCAGUCACUUCACUGUGAGGUUAUUGUCGCAAAUACCAACAGCAGUGGGAAAGAAAUUGAAGGCUGUACCAGCAUAGGUAACUUGUAAAUACAGUGAAAUUCACACACAAUCACUCAAACUAUUAACGAUGGAGAGCAUUUUCAACACAAAACUGAAAGAAAUAGGAGAAAACAGAACUGUGAUGUCACGUUCAUGUUUCUGAAAAAAGAAGCAAAUACAACACGUAGUAUCAGGUUAUUUAUUUUAUUUAUUUAUUUAAGUAUUUAUUUACAAUUGUUACAUGCACUCCAACACACAUUGAAGAGACUGCAGGGGAGUAUACGAUAGACAUUCUUCACAAUUCAAUUUGGUAACCAGUGUGGCUCUACUUGUUGACUACAAGAUCAUAAGAAAUGGAGACAUACUACAUGAUUGAAAGGAACGUGGGAAGGGUUCUGCCAUUGUUUUCGUAGUAAGGAACAUUCCACAAGCAUGAAGGAGGAUGCUCUCCUUGUUGGAGCUAUGGGACAGUUGCUGCCAUAGCAUAUUUUCCUCACCUUGUUUCUGCCUCUGUAAAGCCUCUACAUUAUAAGUACUGCUUUGUUUAUCCUUCGGAUAGUGAGGAGAACGAUUCCGUCCCGACUAGAUGGCUCUGUUUAAUCUCUUAUUCUCUCACCUCACAAAUGUGGACCAUUUAUUGGGCAGGAAAUAGUCAUCUGGAAUUCUGUACUAAUUCAUUUUUAUUGGUUAUGCUUUUUUUUUUUUUUUUUUUUUUUUUUUUUUUUAGAAUUGUAAAUUAGGCUGACAGCUUGCGCACACAGUUACCAGCAGACAAAUGGGCAGACGUUACUUGUGUUUGUGCGUGGUGGCUAGACUGAAGUUCAUCAUGGCCCGGUUUGAGGCCGGGAAACAACGGUACGGCACGGUGGCAUAUGCACGGACGUAAAAAUACUAGGUCCUUUACACUGCCCCAACCCCCUUGUACAUGGACUGCUGCAAUGAUAUGGAUCUUUUGACAACUCAGUCAAUUGUUUCUUCCCCCAACCGACAAACAUAGUCAACUCACAUCUCACAAAAAAAAAAUUGUCGCACCUUUCACAUAAGAAUGCAGGCAUAAAAAAACUCGCUAGUGUGUUGUUUUCUUUUUGUUUAAGAUGAGAGACAUUUUUGGCAAAUGUUUGUGAACAUUUAAUUUCCACUUUGGUAGGUGUAUAUUUGUAUAAAAUUAACAAAUAAAUAUUUAUUCACAAUUAGUGGGUUAAUCUGGUGACAAUGAAGUGUGCAAGUCUAAAUGUUUGCUGAAGAACCACUCAAAAAAGUCUCAAGUUAUGAUAAGAUAGUAGGUAUAUUCUUUUUGCCUACACGUAACUUAAAUUUAAAAAAAAAAAUGUUUAAUACUAUAUUACUUGAAAAACAGUGUGUCCCUGAACUCUGCAUUAAAGUUCAAGCCGUGAACAGUUUAUAGGCCACUAGAAAAUGGUUAUGAGUUAAAAAGUGUUGUAGGUAAUAGUUUUAGAGUUUGAGGGAUUUUUUUUUAAUGUAAUAAUCCCUACACUGCACCAAAUAAGUAGAUACUAAAACUGCAAAUCUCAAUGCAAUAUUAUUCUAUUUGUUAUGCAAUCCUUAAUAACCCUACAAUUUUUAAUAAUUUAAAAUAAAAUUAAAUAUUAACUUUUAGGGAAGAUGAGUAGGAGGGUGGUUCGAUUUCUUUACAUGGCCUAUGUUCACGCAUGUGUGAAUAUUUACAGGACAUAGACAAUUUUCUCCUUUCUCUUUUCAUCAUAUUGACUUGUUUGUAGUGCUUGGCAUUGUGGGAAAACAAACAAGGAAUCUAGCAAGAUGGCGGUGUGUUAGUGGUUUGUAUUUAGUUGUGGUGAAAAUAAAAUACCUUAUCCGGCAAUGUGUGUUGUUGAGUUUAUACAUCAAAACAUAAUUUGAGCCUAUGAGAAAAAAAAAUUUGAUCUGGUUAAUUUGACAAGUCAUACUGUAAAAAAAAUGCACCAUGCUAACUUAGGAAGUUAUUUUCAAAGAUUGUUUUAAUGUAUUAACAGAUUGAAAAAUGUAAAAUUUGUAGUCCCAGAAUCUAAUAAUGGGAUGCAGAGUGGACAUUUUAAAACUUUUGUAAAACAAAAGUAGCCUUUAUAGAUGGGAAACUACCGUCAUUAUUUGCCUAUUUGGUUUAUAAACUGCUUACACUAUGUACAUUGAGUUCUGUGACAUUCUGUAACUUAAGUCUUGUGCUCACCUUGCUCACCUUACACGUUUCAUCAUCUACAGAAAAGCUUUACGUUGUAACCAAGCACUAGGAUAAUUUAUUGUAGAGACAACUGUUCCUCCCAACGAGAGACGCUGCUAUUUUUCUCUUCUCUCUCUUCGAACCAUAUGUUUCUACUCAGGGAAUGAAAGUGCUAUAAACAAAGGAUUUUUUUGCUCUGCAACCAUUUUAGUCAUACUACUAAGGGUUUGUUAAAAUUAAGCUGCAGUUGCAUGAUAUAUCCAUAGAAGAGUAAGAAUGUACUAAGUGUACGUAAAUCUUCAAUCAUUUGAUUCAUUUCAGCUGUACAUCAUUCUUUAAAUGCGAAAGAGACAGCAAGAUUCUUCACAUCAGAUUUUAAGACUUAUAAUGUUUAUUGAGUGUUGUAUGCUUACACAUUUAACAGGAAAGUAUAAAAACAUGUGUUGUUAUAUACAAUAGUUAAUUUUAAUGUAAUCACAUUUUAAAAGUACUCCAAAAGUGAAUCUUGCUAUUACAUUGAUAAAUUUUGGUUUUACAAAUUUUGCUUUUUAUUUACAAGCAGUGGCAGUGGUUAGCUUGCUAAAUGUUUUCUGCAUUGUUAUUACUAUUAGUGUGUGGUAUGCAGGAAGUGCUGAUUGAACACACACUCGAGCACUCAGUUGUACAUAUGGAUUCAUCUUAAUAUAGAAAAAUAUUUAAGUGAUCUUCAAAUUCAUAUUCGGCAAAGACAUAGAUAAUCAUCUUUUGAGUUUGAUUCUAAAUGAAGAAAAAUGGUCUUUGAUCACACCCCAAAAUUUGAAAACAAAAAUCAUAAAAUUUACUUAGUAGCUUAUUCAAACAAAGAUUUUGUUUGUUCUUCUGUUGGUUUAUUAUUUACAGUUUCCAUCCUUUACAAAUUCUUAUAAUGUGUAAUGUGAAUGUACUAUAUAUUAUAUACGGUGCUAUUGCUCAUCUAAACAUAUAAAAUAUAUUGUGUGUUAUAUAUUUAUGUUAAGCUAGCUGUCUGAAUGCUGUAUUAAUAAUCUGUAUUUAUAUAUUUCUGUGCUAUGAAUGUAUUGUGUAAAUGUACAUAAUUAUAUUGAGUUCCAAAUGUAAUAAAAGUUUAUUUGUUGUUGUUUA